AGAGAGAGAGAGAGAGAGAGUCUAUAAAACUACAGUUCCCACAAUGCGUUGCGCCUCCUCCGCUUUCCUUUCAAGAUGGCGGCGCUGAGCAAAAUUAUCCCAUUUCUGAAAAAUGCAUGGGGAAAGGAUCCAGUUGUCGUUCUCUCUUUCGGCAUUGGUUUUAUGGCUUUGGUGGCACCGUGGGUCAGUCCCUUAACAAAAUACAGUUCCAUGAUGACCCAGGCUGUACCAUAUACAUAUCCAGUUCCAGUUCGGGAUGAUGGCAAUAUGCCAGAUAUUCCCUCCCACCCUUGUGACAAGGAAGGACCAAGUCUUGAAUGGCUAAAGAACUUCUGAGACGGGCCCUUGUGAAGAACAGGCCUAGAGAACCAACACUGAAGGGACAACCCAGGCCUGCACUGCUCUCUGCUCUUUUGUGUACAUGUGUAACAUUUUCAGGAUAUAAUAAACUUGCUAACUUAAAAGCA